AUGCAGAAACCAAGUGGGUUGAAAUCUCGAAAAUGUCUUCCUGCUGGCCUUCCUGUAAUGCUAUGUCUGUGUGUGCUUGGAAGCAUCCUAACGGCUGCAAUCUUAAGCUCCAACAUCUUCUAUUCCGAGCUACUCUUCAGAUCCACCACUUCCGUGGCCAGUGUCUCCCGAGGCCAACUCGUCUUGCCUCAUUCACUUCUGAAUCAAAUCGCUGAUUUACAAAGCCAAGUGGGAGUUCUGCUGGAGCAGUUACAUGGUGCAAGUGCAGAAUCCAAAGCACUAACAACAUUUGCUGAUCAACUUCUACAUAUUGCCACAUCUUUAGACAAGUUUGCAGAAGCCUUAUCAGAUUUCUACGACAGCAAUUCAUCCGGUACAAAUGAAGUCAGCACUGUAGACGAAGACUUCAGCGACCCUGAUGAAAGCGAAAUCAACCAAGGAUCAGAUACUCAUAGUUUUAACUCAGGUGAGCUUCAUAACUACACCGCAUUGAAACCAAAUAGGCUGAUUGGGAAGAAAAACUUCCUUGGGGUGGAAGCUAUUAGCCCAUCUGUAGGACUCCUUUGUGCCAACAUGGCCUCAAAUGUAGAUCGCUUUAUGGGUUAUAAGAUCUAUAGGAUGUGCCCUGAUGACUGGGACAUCGCUCAGAAGCUUAUGAUCAGUGGCUGCGAUCCAUUACCAAGAAGACGAUGCUUCUCGAAAACACCUCCACGUUACAGUGAACCACUUCCAAUAAACUCGUCCCUUUGGUCUCAACCGGCUGACACCAACAUUAUGUGGAGUCACUACAAGUGCAAAGAUUACUCCUGUCUUGUGUCUAAUGGAACAAUAGGCGAAAGAGGCUUCUUCAAAUGUUCAAACUGCUUUGAUCUUUCGAAAAGAGGAUGGGAAAUCCCAACCAACGAAUCAACUUCAGCUGAGUUCACCAUAGAUGAAGUUCUUAGAUUGAAGCCAGGAGAGAUCAGAAUUGGACUUGAUUUUAGCCCCACAACCGGCACAUUUGCUGCACUAAUGAAGGAAAGAAAUGUAACAAUUGCAUCAGCUACCCUAAACUUAGGGGCUCCUUUUAAUGAGGUGAUUGCACUUAGAGGCCUCUUACCUCUCUACCUAUCAAUUGGCUCAAGACUGCCAUUCUUUGAUAACACACUCGAUAUUGUACAUUCUACCCUAUUUUUAGAUGGGUGGAUGGGAUUAGAUCUUCUUCAGUUUGUACUUCAUGAUUGGGAUCGUGUUCUUCGACCCAAAGGACUUCUUUGGGUGGAUCGAUUCUUCUGCAAAAGAGAUGAGUUGAAGAUGUAUUUGGAUGAAUUUUCCAGGCUACACUACAAGAAGCUACUGUGGAGAGUUGUUCCAAAGACAGAUAAAUUGGAGGAUGAGUCUUUCUUUUCUGCUGUAUUGGAAAAACCACUUCGAUCAUAA